AUGGGGCAGCCAUCGGCGCCGCCGCCCCCGAUUAUCCAUCCUCCGCCGCCUCCUCUACUGGCACCGCCUUCACCUCGAGCUCAAUCUAUCGGAGGAAACGGAGGGGGUUGCCAGGUGCGUUGCGCGGGAUGCAAGAUGGUGCUGACAGUGGGCCCGGGUUUGACGGAGUUCGCUUGCCCUAGUUGCAAAUUGCCGCAAAUGCUGCCGCCUGAGCUGAUGCAGCCCAACCAGGUCCAGGUCCAUCAACAGCGUAAUGUUCCAGCAUACGGCGUUGAUCCGACGAAGAUACAGCUGCCUUGCGCUCACUGCAAGGCCUUGCUUAAUGUUCCCCAUGGUUUGUCACGCUUCAAUUGUCCCCAGUGCGGCAUUGAACUGGCAGUCGAUCUGUCAAAGUUUCAACAGUUCUCUUCGGAUCUUCACCUGCCGCUGCCUCCUGAAGAAGUCAAUGAGGUAGCCAUUGAAGUUGAGCGUGAAGAAGAUGAAGGUGGAAUGGUGGGAGAAACAUUCAUGGAUUAUCGUCCUCCCAAACUGUCCAUUGGUCCUCCCCAUCCAGAUCCUAUUGUGGAGACAUCUUCCUUAUCUGCAGUGCAGCCUCCUGCACCUACUUAUGAUCUGAGAAUUAACGAUGACCUGGAAAAUUCAAAAGCACUGUCAUGCUUGCAAAUUGAAACGUUGGUCUAUGCUUGUCAGAGGCAUCUUCAGCACCUUCCGAAUGGUGCAAGGGCUGGAUUUUUUCUUGGAGAUGGUGCAGGUGUGGGUAAAGGACGAACUAUUGCAGGGUUAAUAUGGGAGAACUGGCACCAAGGGAGAACGAAAGCAUUGUGGAUUUCCAUUGGUUCAGACUUGAAAUUUGAUUCUAGGAGAGACUUGGAUGAUGUGGGUGCAAUGUAUAUAGAAGUGCAUGCUUUGAACAAGCUUCCUUAUUCUAAGCUUGAUUCAAAGUCCGUUGGCAUUAGGGAAGGAGUUGUUUUCUUGACGUAUAGCAGCCUCAUAGCAUCUUCUGAAAAAGGUCGUUCUCGUUUGCAGCAGCUUGUACAAUGGUGUGGACCCCAGUAUGAUGGUCUAAUCAUAUUUGAUGAGUGUCACAAAGCCAAAAAUUUGGUCCCAGAAGCUGGAGGACAAUCUACAAGAACAGGCGAAGCUGUUCUCGAGAUUCAGGCCCGACUUCCUGAAGCUCGUGUUAUUUAUUGCUCGGCAACUGGUGCUUCUGAACCGCGCAAUAUGGGUUAUAUGGUUCGCCUUGGUCUUUGGGGAGUUGGAACAUCUUUCUUCAACUUCCGUGAAUUUUUAGGUGCAAUGGAGAAAGGAGGUGUUGGAGCUCUAGAACUUGUUGCCAUGGACAUGAAAGCAAGGGGUAUGUAUGUUUGUCGUACACUGAGCUACGAAGGUGCGGAAUUCGAAGUUGUUGAAGUACCCUUGAAUUCCAGCAUGACGGAUAUGUAUAGAAAAUCAGCAGAAUUUUGGGCCGAGUUGAGACUGGAAUUACUAUCAGCAAGUGCAUUCCUUACCAAUGACAAGCCGAGCACAAGUCAAUUAUGGAGAUUAUUUUGGGCCAAUCAUCAGCGUUUCUUUAGACACAUGUGUAUGUCAGCCAAGGUGCCUACAGUCGUAAAUCUUUCUAAGCAAGCAUUGAUGGAAAAUAAGUGUGUCGUCAUAGGCCUACAGAGUACUGGAGAAGCACGGACUGAGGAAGCUGUGUCAAAAUAUGGUCUUGAACUUGAUGAUUUCAUCUCGGGACCUCGUGAAUUAUUGCUGAAAUUUGUUGAAGAAAAUUAUCCUCUGCCCGAGAAGCCUGAACCACUCCCAGAGGAAAGCGAGAAAGAGCUACCAAGAAAGAGACACUCAGCAAAACCUGAUGUUUCCUUCACUGGGAGAGUAAGGAAAGUUGCUAAAUGGCAAGCUGAAAGUGAUGAAGAAAGCGAGUGGGGAUCAGAAACCGACACUGAACCUGAAUCUGUUGGAUCUGACGAUGAGUUUCAGAUAUGCAAUAUUUGCAACUCAGAAGAAGAAAGAAAGAAAUUACUGCAAUGUUCCUGCUGUGGCCAGCUUGUCCAUCCUGCAUGUCUAUUUCCACCCGUUGUUGAAGCAGUACCUGAGGAUUGGUCUUGUCACUCGUGCAUGGAAAAAACGGAGGAAUAUCUUCAAGAGAGACGUGCCUAUGUUGCAGAACUGUUUAAGAGGUAUGAAGUAGCAGUGGAGCGUCAAUCAAAUAUUUUAGAAAUAAUUCGUUCAAUGGAUCUUCCAAACAAUCCAUUGGAUGAUAUUAUUGAUCAGCUUGGAGGCCCUGAUAAUGUCUCAGAAAUAACGGGGAGGCGAGGCAUGCUUGUCAGGGCUUCUGGUGGAAAAGGAGUCACCUAUCAGGCACGAAACACGAAAGAAGUGACCAUGGAAAUGGUCAAUAUGCAUGAAAAGCAACUCUUCAUGGAUGGUAAGAAGCUGGUAGCUAUUAUUUCUGAAGCUGGAUCUGCUGGUGUUUCAUUGCAAGCAGAUAGAAGGGCCGUAAAUCAGAAAAGAAGAGUUCAUUUAACUCUAGAACUACCUUGGAGUGCAGACCGAGCAAUUCAACAAUUUGGAAGAACACAUCGAUCUAAUCAAGCUUCCGCACCUGAGUACAGGCUGCUUUUCACGAACCUUGGUGGUGAACGCCGGUUUGCAUCGAUUGUAGCCAAGAGACUUGAAUCUCUUGGAGCAUUAACACAGGGAGACCGGAGGGCUGGACUUGGACUUUCUCUUAGCGCAUAUAAUUAUGAUAGUGUUUAUGGGAAGAGAGCUCUGAUGAUGAUGUAUAAAGGACUCUUGGAACAGGAAUCUUUGCCAGUUGUACCACCAGGGUGUUCAUCUGAAGAACCAGAGACAAUUCGAGAUUUUAUUCUGAAGGGAAAGGCUGGUCUUAUAUCUGUUGGAAUAAUUAGGGAUUCGGUUCUUGGUAGCGGGAAGGAUUCAGGAAAAAAUUCUGGACGAAUAGUUGAUUCGGACAUGCAUGAUGUUGGACGUUUCCUCAAUCGGCUUCUAGGGGUCCCUCCUGAGAUUCAGAACAAGCUCUUUGAGUUAUUUGUCAGCAUCCUUGAUCUUCUCAUACACAAUGCACGUACUGAAGGACAUUUGGACUCUGGGAUUGUUGAUAUGAAAGCUAACUCCGUCGAACUGCAAGGAACUCCAAAGACUGUCCAUGUCGAUCAUAUGUCUGGGGCAUCCACUAUUCUGUUUACUUUCACUUUGAAUCGAGGAAUGAAGUGGGAGUCUGCGCUGUCUUUGCUUGAGGAGAAGCAGAAGGACAAACCUGGUUUGCCUAAUAAUGGAUUCUAUGAGUCUAGACGGGAAUGGUUGGGAAGACGGCAUUUUAUAUUGGCAUUUGAAGGUUCUGUCUCUGGAAUGUACAAAGUAAUCCGUCCAACCAUUGGGGAGUCUCUCAGGGAGAUGCCUCUAGCAGAAUUAAAAGACAAAUACAGAAAAAUUUCAUCUUUGGAGAAAGCUCGCAGUGGUUGGGACGAUGAAUAUGAUGUUUCAUCAAAGCAGUGCAUGCAUGGCCCAAACUGCAAGCUAGGAAACUUCUGUACAGUCGGCAGAAGAUUACAGGUAGUGAACGUUUUAGGUGGCCUCAUUCUCCCUGUCUGGGGAACUAUUGAGAAAGCACUUUCUAAGCAAGCUCGCCAAAGCCAUAAACGGAUUCGGGUUGUGCGUGUAGUGACCACCACAGACAAUCAACGAAUUGUUGGAUUGCUUAUUCCAAAUGCAGCAGUUGAAUCAGUGCUUCAAGAUUUUGCUUGGGUCCAAGACAUCGACGAAUGA